AUGACCAUACGUUGUCUCGCAUUCGCAGUGGCCUCCCCCCGCCUUCCCUCGACACAUCAUCACACACGACAGCAGAACGACGCAGAAUCCGUACGCGCGCUUCUGCACAUUCGUUUCUCUUCCUCUGUUUGUGUGUGUGUCCACAGUCACGGCGCUAUUGGUGGCGCUCGCUCGACUGGUAGCUCCUCCACGCCGCUCUCCGAGAUGCCACACGCCUGCUGGCAAAACUCAGUUUUUCCCCUCCUAUCUCGUCACAGAUUGCUGGGAUACCCCCUAUUUUUUGCACCCUCUCCCCUCCCCCACCCUAUCUCUUUCUCUUUAGCCGACAUGGGCACAUUUUCGCACUUUUUCAUCCGUGGUAGUGGCCUCUGUGUCAUCGCAACCGUCCCCGGGAUGUGUAGCUCAAUGUCAUGUCCGUGUUGGCGUCCAUGGCGGAUGCAGACCCGGCAGUGGGAGGGUAGGAGCUGUGUACUGUUGACAGUAGCAACCGUUGCUUGUCAUCUGAGCAACGGUAGGGCUGGAACGGCACACGUGCCGGGCAAUAGCGGCGCUUUCUCUCAUACAUCAUCGUCUGCACCGCGUUACAGAAGUCAAGAAUGCGGUGCCAUUGAUUCGCGGGCCUCUCCCCAGCCUCAUCGCGUUGUGCGUUGCUGUCUGAAGCGGACGACGCCAUCCCCAGCCAAGGAGGCCGUCUCUCCUGCUGUGAAGUCCUCAUCACGUGACGAGUCUUCCUUAGCGGCCCUACUAAUCAGCCUGGAGACUGUGGGGCCAUCGAACACACAGCGGCAGCAGUCAGCGCUGCCGACUUCUUCGAGGAAGCGUACUCCGCGCUUAACCCCGACUCUGUUCUCACCCGCUAAAUCACAAGCGCGUGCAGAACCGAAGCCUACUCCCGUACUGUCUCCAAGCAGUAGUUGCUUCCCUAACAACAGCACCGCAGCGAGUGAGUUGAAGAGAACCGGCAACCCUACGCAGAGACCCCCGCACAAGUGUGCUGAAAUGAACAGAUACUCCGAUAAACCGCUUCAAGAGGGCACUUUCUCUUCGAUGGGAGAACAACGGGAGCAAAGGGUGCAGCUCCGGCGGGCUCGAAGAAGGAUGUCACGGACGCCGCAGGCUUCACGAAUACGUUCACUACCGGGCGGUAGACUCGAAGACGCCACAGGUGUAUCCCCGUUAGCUGUGGACAGGGGGGCAGAGAAGCGCGUCGUAGAGAUGCUCCGGAGAAGUCAACAACAGACCAGCCCUGAUGCGGAAUUUGCUAUGCGGGAUCCAACGGUGCAUCAUAUUCCUCACUCGAAGCUUAUGCGGUGCGUACUCGAGCUUCCUCUGAGCAGCCGCUGCGACGGUGACGGCGCGGAGCAAAAAGAAGUCUUUGCCAUUGGGCAGUCGAGGAAGGCCAAAAUAGCGCGUGCGCUGUGCUUCAUGCAUGCAGAGCAGCUGCUGGAUCACUACAUGAGCAGCAGAGGGAGACCGUCGUCACCAACGGCAGGCGCCUCAGCAGUCCCUCCACCAUUGGAAGAGGCGGUGCUGCCCCCUCUACCCAAAACUCCGCAACCUCACGAAUAUCGCUCGUGGGAUGAGUACGUGGACGCGAGUGCUGCGUACGUGCAGGCCGUCGCUGCCCAUGUGAAGCAGGAAGGUUACAUGCGUGAGGAGGUGCUGCAAAGUGGCCACCCCGUCGUGGACCGCGCCACAGAGCUGCUGCGUCGUUACCCGAAGCGCUACUGUCGCCCCACAGCACUGCAAGACCUCAAUGAGAGCCUACGCGAUGCCUCAAGCUUGAUGACGACAGCGCAUCUUGCAGGGACGGUCUUCGUGGCGACUCUUGUACUCGAUUCUCGCACCGGUCUGACGGCGACAGGGGUGGCAAAGAAUAUGAAGACAGCGAAGCGGCAGUGCGCUGCCCAUGCGCUCUGCAUUCUGCAGUUGCUGAAGGAAGAUGUAGAGCGGCAGCAGGAGGCGGAUGGCACGGGACAUUCGCGACGUAGAGGCGCGCAAAAGGGCAGCAGCGGCAGCAGCACGAAGAAGGGUCUCUCUCACCAGCCGAGUGCACCGUUAGAGUCAAUUCUGCGACAGCUGCAGCCUGCCUAUCGGCGGAUUGUACAGUACCACCAUCUGCUGUUCGGCAAGGCCAGUCUGACGCCGCAAACAAGCUUCACGAAGGAAUCAAACACGACGAGCGGCAGCAACAGCACUAUCACGUAUCGUUGCCAUCUUACUCUCAACGGUCUUUGCUGUGACGCCACCGGAAUCAACCGCUUCGAGGCCGAGCGUGCGGCUAUGGAGGCCGCAAUGACAAACCUGAUGCUGUACGAUGAGCGACUUCAAGCGGUGCAGGCGUUUGUGAACGCGCAUCUGUCCAUCUCACCCGAGUCGAUUCCGUCCGCGGCGCUCCCCGCGGAGCUGGUGUUUCAGCUGCAGGCUCAAUUGCGGCAAGUGACACAGCAACCAGAAGACGUAGCAGCUGACGCAGCCACUGAUGUUGCAACAGGGAAGACCGGGAGCGACGAUGGUGCUGACAUUGCAGACGACCGCAGUGACCGUGCCCGCGGCAUGAGUGAACGGGCAUUGCUGGACCUCACUCAGCGCAGCUUUGCCAGAGACCCGUCGUAUGCGGCUCAGAUGCUGCAGAGCAUGCUCGCCCUUCGACGCAACCCUGUCUACCUUACUCAGUUCCAUCCCUGUCGCUCCACACUGGCUAUGGCAACAGUAAAGGCUCAGUUGCUCGACGCCGUUCAGCGCCACCGUGUCACUGUCGUGUGCGGUACGACAGGGUGCGGCAAAACGACGCAGGUGCCGCAGUACAUCUUGGAUUAUGAGAUCGAGCACGGCCGUGGGGGACUCUGUAACAUCCUUGUCACGCAGCCGCGUCGACUGAGCAGCUUUAGCAUUGCCGAACGCAUCGCACAGGAACGUCUUGGCACAGUGGGAGAGGAUGUCGGGUACGCGGUUCGGCUGGACGCACGCCCAGGGCGGCAUAUUACAAUUUGCACAACAGGCGUACUACUGCAGAUAUUCUCCACCCACCCCGAGCUGGAGCACAUCUCUCACCUGAUCAUCGACGAAGUACACGAGCGAGACAUCAACUGUGAUGUCGUUCUUGCGCUCGUGAAGCAGCUGCUGGCACGGAACCUUCGCCUUCGUGUGGUGCUCAUGAGUGCGACGAUGCAAGCCGACGUGUUUGCCCGCUACUUCGGCACGGACACACCUGUCGUGCAGGUAGAGGGGGCAGUGUACCCAGUGACAAUCCGCUACCUCGAGGAUAUUGCCGCCGAGGCAGCAACUGCACAAUUUUGCUCGCCCUCCUUGGAUGCCGUGUCGUCUGCGGAUUCAGACCAACAGGAUGAGGGAAAAAAAAGAGAGCAUACCACGCCGAUCCCGCUGGUGAAGUCAUCGACCACUGCAUCACGACGCGUCAACACACGCAAAUAUCUUAAAAUCGACUACAACCUCAUCGCCUACCUCGUACACCGGUCGGUGCAAGUCGACCUUCAGAAUAAUACAGAUGGAAAGUCCAUCCUGGUGUUUCUGCCAGGGUGGAAGGAGCUGACGUCUGCGAUGGCUGCGAUCAUGGAGUACAGCGGUCCGUACGCACUUCCCGAUGCUAAAGGCCGCUUUUACAUCAUUCUCCUUCACUCCACUGUCGAUAACGCGAAGCAGCGGGAGUGCUUCAUGCCGGCCCCGCCCGGUACAGUGAAGGUGGUGCUGGCGACGAAUAUCGCCGAAAGUGGCAUCACCAUCGAUGACGCCGCUGUGGUCAUCGAUACGGGCCUUAUCAAGACAACUUCCUGGGAAAGCCGCCCCACUCUCCCGUGCCACCAAGGCACCACAGACACGAUUGGCUCUUCGACGUCGCGGCGCCCGACCGUUGCGCACGUGCCGCUGGAGAAAGUCCCGGAGGAUGGCCGAGCAGGAGGCAGCAGGGGCAGCGGCGAUACUGCUGCCUCCACGCCCUUCUUCUCAACGCAGCUUACCCUGGGCUACGCGAGUCAAGCAAACUGCACGCAGCGCAAGGGCCGUGCAGGGCGAACGCAAGGAGGUAUGUGUUACCGCCUCUUUACAAAGGAGCUGUGGAACUCACUGCCGGCAUUUCCGGAGGCGGACAUUCACCGCGUACCGCUGAUGCAGGUGCUGCUGAAGCUGCUCUCGCUUGGACACGCGAAUCCAAAGGCAACACUGCAGACAUUUCUCGAGCCCCCUUCGAGUACCAACGUGGACGCAUCCAUGGAGGUUCUUCGCGGCAUCAGUGCUGUUGGAAAGACGGACGCUCUUACCCCUCUGGGGGAGUACCUGGCGUUGCUGCCCUGUGACCCGCGCAUUGGCAAGAUGAUUAUCGUCGGCGCUGUUCUGCGCUGUCUGGAUUCUGUUCUGACUGUGGCCGCAUGCACAGACGUCUGCCCGUAUGUCACGAGCCGAGACGUUGCGGCCGAAGCGCGUAAGAGGCGCUAUCUCCUGUCACGUAGCUCGCAGAGCGAUCACAUCAGCUUCCUGAAUGCGUACAACGCAUUCUGCGCCAACGGGGAAAAGGAAGACUUCGCGAGGCUCAACUUACUUCACCUAGGAAAUCUUCGUGUCAUCUCCAAGUACAAGGCGCAGUAUCGCGACAUCUUGCGUCACGCCGGGCUCAUUAGCGCGCAAGACGAGUUGGAGGAAGACGGUGAAAUGGUUGACAGCAUAGAUGCAGCCGGGGAUCCAGUACACGGGCACCUUGGCGGCGAUAGCGGCACGAUCAAGGAGACAGCAGUACACUCAGAAGGUGGCAAGUUGAAUCUCAGUUCCGGUGACUCACGCACACAGGAUGUGCGGGUGCCUGGAUGGGUACCCCUCUCCUACCCUGGAACACUCUGCGUCGAUACUAGCGCUCUCUCCCGCCACAGCUUCGAUGUUGCGUUGGUGAAGGCGUGUGUCUGUGCGGCGCUCUUCCCGAACGUGGCACUGCUGCGGCCACCUGCAAAUACACUCUCCUCCAUGCGGCGCCUCCAUGCCGCGCGCAAGGUGGAGCUACGGACGAAACAUUUUUUCAGCAUCAAGCCUACGAAGGAUAGUGUGUGUCGACGCGUUGACGGCCCCCGCGGUGGCGAUGCGCCUGGCCGAGAUGAACUGCUGAGGGAACUUCGGCGAGACUCACAGGCUGUUACCACAGAUUCUACGACGUCGAGCACGUCCCCAGUCCAGCCUGUCCCGGCGCUCUUCUACGUCUUCCAGGACGUCUUUGGGGUGAGAGAUCCGCGGCGGGACUUCCUUACCAGCCUGUCCGCUGUCAGUCUAUGGGCAUUGCUGCUUUUUGGUGCGUCGGAGUCCACAACGGAGUACAAUGCGGAGCUGUCCAUCUGUGUUGUGGACGGUUGGAUUGCAGUGCAUAUUGACCGCGCUACCUAUGCCCUUGUCACGCAGCUCCGUCAGUCCUUAUUCCAGUGCUUGCGCAGAAAGUACCACAACCCGCAAGACCCUCAAAACAAUUCUGCACUGAAGACAGUGACAGAAGUCUGCCGGAGACUCCUGAAGGCGCCGGUGCUGGAAAUGCCGGCGGCGAAGUCGCUGGACACAGCGGGGAGCACAACAUGCAAAACAGCGGCAGGGCGCCAGCAGUCCCCAUGGCAGCUGGUUGACAUGGGCACUAUUAUCGACCCUCUUGUGCACCUACGGCACGGGGACUCUGCUGAUGGCAGCGCGACCGCUGUGGCUGGAGAGAAUGCGCUUCUGAACCUGGACGGUGGUGGUGACGGCGACGAAGAUGAUGACAACGAAGGCCUUCCAAACUUCAAUUCUGUGGACGGGGACGAUGACGACAAUGAUGGGAAUGCCACGGAGGAUGGCGAUCAGCUAAAAUGA